UGUUUGAGUCUCUGACUUCCGUUCGUGCCAGUUUACACACAAUGUCAGUUUGCUCGCCGCCACCAUCGCAUGCGCACCUGCCAAACGCCGUCGUUUCCAGCUCCGCCUCCGAGGCCAGAGCUCCUCUGCAAUGUCUCCAAAAUCCUAAACCCCAUUCCGAACUCGCAAACUCGUUAAAGCUGGUGGCUUUACACCAUUCGCCGUCUCGCAACCGCCGUUUCCAUCUCAAUUGCGCGGGAUCAGAGACCAUUUCUGUCGCGGAAAAAAAUGGUGAUUUCACGGAGGCGAAAGCGAUGGUUUCUGAGCCGAAAAUCGACGGCUCCGGCGGAGGAAAUGACAGUGGUGAUGGCGGCGAUUCAUUUGGUGGCAGAGGAAGAGGAGAAGGAGACGGCGGGGGUAAAGAGGAGGGCGGAGAGGGAGAGGAGUUUGGGCCAUUGCUGAAGUUUGAUGAGGUGAUGAAGGAGAGCGAAGCGCGGGGAGUGAAGCUUCCUUUGGACAUGCUUGAGGCUGCUAAGACUACUGGGCUUCGGGAGGUGUUCCUUCUCCGCUACUUGGAUUUGCAGGGUUCAGUUUGGCCACUGGGUUUUUUGAUCAAGUACUGCUCAAUGCUACGUAACCGGAUGCUGGCUGAUCCUUCCUUUCUUUUCAAAGUUGGGACAGAGAUAGUCAUAGAUUCUUGUUGUGCAACAUUUGCAGAAGUUCAGAAAAGGGGAAAGGAUUUCUGGGCGGAGUUUGAGUUGUAUGCUGCUGAUCUUUUGGUUGGAAUAGUGGUUGACAUUGCUUUGGUUGGCAUGUUGGCACCCUAUGCUCGGAUUGGAAAGCCAUCAGUGUCACGAGGUUUAUUAGGAAGCGUGCAACAGGCUUGUGCCUCUCUUCCUAGCAGCGUCUUUGAAGCUGAAAGGCCGGGAUGUAAAUUCACAGUCCAGCAGAGAACAGCCACAUACUUCUAUAAGGGUGUGUUGUACGGAUCAGUUGGCUUUGUAUGCGGUCUUAUUGGACAAGGAAUUGCAAAUAUGAUCAUGAAUGCCAAAAGGAGCGUAAACAAGUCAGAAGGGGACAUACCCGUGCCUCCUCUCGUGAAAAGUGCCGCUCUUUGGGGUGUAUUUCUUGCUGUCUCGUCCAACACUCGUUAUCAGAUCGUAAACGGUCUGGAAGGGCUGGUUGAAGCAUCACCGUUGGCAAAACGUGUCCCGCCUGUUGCGAUGGCAUUCACUAUAGGCGUACGAUUCGCCAACAAUAUCUACGGUGGUAUGCAGUUCGUAGAUUGGGCUAAAUUAAGCGGAGUGCAGUAGCAGCAAUGCAUACCAAUUACCAACAGAUGUAGCUUCUCAGUUUUCAGAUGUCAAACGGACGAUACGUUCUUUUACAUUUUCACUCAGAUUUUGUCUGCUAGAUCAAUUCGAUAGGGGUUUGACCUAGAUAAAAAAAAAUUCCGGGAAAUUUCAGUGGUUUAAUGGUGAAAUUGAAACAUUUGGUAUGUACAUGAUUGAUAUUGGUAACGUUAGUGGUAACAAAGAAACUCUUAUAUACGGCUGCCCUCUCAUAGAAAGUGGAACUCACGUUUGCGUACACGAACUGUGGGAGGGCUGCCGUUAUAUAAGAAUUUAUCAUGCUAGCAAUGGCAUGCCUCUAGUCUACCACAUGAUCUUUUACCAUCUUAACUGAAUAAUAGUAAUCAUCAAUUCCGGGA